AUGGAUUAUGAAGAUUUUUCUUUAGAUUGGGAAACUCAUCUAUCUGUUACAGGAAAAUGGGCCGGUUGCAUACAGAGAAUAGUGGGCCGAAACCCUGCCAGUCCGGCCCUGUUGACAAUUGCAUUUUAUGAAAAGUCUGGUGCCACCGAAGCAGUGGAUGAUGGUAACAACAAUAAAUUAAUUGUUGCUAUAACAUCUGAUCGUGGUCUUUGUGGCGCAGUCCACACAAACAUUGCAAAAACCAUUCGUAACGAAUUGGGUGCAGAAGCUGUUGAGUCUCCUCUAUCAAAAGUAUUCUGUGUGGGUGACAAGUCUCGUGCACUUUUGCAGAGACUGUAUGCUCAAAAUAUUGCUGUGGUGGCUAAUGAAGUUGGCCGCAAACCACCCACAUUUUUGGACGCAUCCAAAGUGGCCAAUGAAUUGAUCCAGUUGGAUUUCAACAGUGGAAAAAUUGUUUACAACCGAUUCAAAACUGUUGUGUCUUAUCAAACCGAAGAAGUACCAUUGUUGAGCGCUAAAACAAUGUUAGCUGCACCAAAGUUACAGUUGUAUGACAGUAUUGAUCAAGGUGUUAUGGAAUCAUACCAAGAAUUUACAGUUGCUGCUUUAUUAUACUACACAAUGAAAGAGUCUGCUUGCAGUGAACAAUCAUCAAGAAUGACAGCUAUGGACAAUGCCAGCAAGAACGCAGCUGAAAUGAUUGGCAAGCUGACUUUGACAUUCAACCGAACCAGACAGGCUGUGAUCACCAGAGAAUUGAUUGAAAUUAUUUCUGGAGCAGCGGCAUUAGAAUAAUUGUUUUUUAUUAAUAUCAAAAUAAUAUAGAGUUGGAAGACAACAAUAAAAUAAAUGGAAUCCCAUACAUUUGAAUAAAAAACAAUAAUUUAAACAAUAAAAACAGUUGUAUUAAUCGAUUAGAAA